AUGGGUGGCUGGAGUGAGGUGCUUCCAUUGGUAGAGUUCACGUACAAUAACAGCUACCACUCCAGUAUAGAAUUUCUGCAGCAGACUUUUGAGAAAGUCAAGACAAUUCAGGAGAGAAUGAGGGCUACUCAGAGCAGACAGAAGUCAUACGCAGAUAAAAGGAGGCGGCCACUAGAGUUUGAAGCUGGGGACCAUGUAUUUCUCAGAGUGACACUGACGGCAGAUCCAUCUCACAUACUGGAGUCAGACGAUAUUCAGAUCCGGGAAGACUUGACGGUGACCAUUAGACCAGUGCAGAUCCUCGACUCGCAAGUGAAGAAGUUAUGA